UGUGCAAAUCAUGAAUUAUGGUGUUCUUGUAACACUUGAAUAGAAGGAACAUGAGGGAACAACAGCAUUUCAACCUUAACAUCUGUCCAGUGUCCAAGCUACAAUCCAUAAUUCAUGUUCGUGAACUUAAAGUUAUUUCUGAGUUGAACAUCGGAUUUCAACGUUGAGUAGUCUAGCACGUCUUCGGGUAGCCUACCAACCGUGCAUAGCCUAGUCACCUGCAUCGACUACCGCUCUUCGACCCUCCCUCUUCUCCAGCAUCGCGGCUUUGGUGGUGGACCGGUGUGGUCUGGUAUAUGGUUGUUGAACUGAUGUCUCCGCCUGUUAGGAAUCUAAAGUGCCUCUCGCCGGUGAUGUGUCAGUGUAAGGUCAUCUGUAGCAAACGGACUCUUUCCCUCAUGUUCGGUUGCAAGAAGUACCGGUACCAGGAUGAGGAGACGCCCCCCUUGGAGCACAGUCCAGCCCAUCUGGGUCAAGGGAAAAGCGCUGAGAUGCUUCACAUGAGUGACAAGAACCUUGCCGCCAUGGAGGCAAUGCACGGCUACACGCCACACACACAUAUCUCCCCUAUCAAGCCGGUGUUGAUGUCGUCAGGCCACAAUCCUAUGUACACCUCUGCUGUUUCCACACUGGGAAAUUCUCCUCCAGUGGUGGUGAACACUGACACGCUUGACGGCUCCCCCUACGUCAACGGGACAGAGGGGGAAAUUGAGUAUGAAGAGAUUACACUGGAAAGAGGUAACUCAGGCCUGGGCUUCAGUAUAGCUGGGGGGACAGAUAACCCUCAUGUUGGUGAUGACCCCAGCAUCUUCAUCACCAAGAUCAUCCCUGGGGGAGCUGCGGCCCAGGACGGACGGCUGAGUGUGAAUGACAGUAUCCUGUUUGUGAAUGACGUGGAUGUGAGGGAGGUGACCCACAGUCUGGCUGUGGAGGCUCUGAAGGAGGCGGGGGCCAUCGUCCGCCUCUACGUGCUCCGCAGAAAACCAGCCGCAGAGAAAGUCACAGAGAUCAAGCUCAUCAAAGGGCCCAAAGGUCUAGGUUUCAGCAUUGCUGGAGGGGUGGGUAACCAGCACAUACCAGGAGACAACAGCAUCUAUGUCACUAAGAUCAUCGAGGGCGGGGCUGCUCACAAGGACCAGCGGCUGCAGAUAGGGGAUAAGAUACUGGCGGUGAACAGUGUUUGUCUGGAGGACGUGAUGCAUGAGGAUGCAGUGGGAGCCCUGAAGAACACAGCCGAGGUGGUUUACCUCAGGGUGGCCAAGCCUAACAACCUCUACCUGAACUCCUACAACCCGCCAGACCUUACCAGCACAUACUCCCCUCACAUGGACACAGAUCUUGGCCACCCCAGCUACCUUGGAUCAGAUUACCCACAAGCCCUCACUCCCACCUCACCCAGUCGCUUCUCUCCAGUGUUGCACAGCAUGAUGGGGGAUGAAGACCUUCCCAGGGACCCUAGGAGAGUGCUGAUCCACAGGGGUUCUACAGGCCUGGGUUUUAACAUCGUGGGAGGAGAGGAUGGAGAGGGCAUCUUCAUCUCCUUCAUCCUGGCAGGGGGGCCUGCCGACCUGAGCGGAGAGCUGCGCAAGGGCGACCAGAUCCUCAGCGUGAAUGGAGUGGACCUGCGUAUCGCCACCCAUGAGCAGGCUGCAGCAGCCCUGAAGAACGCUGGCCAGACUGUCACCAUCAUCGCCCAGUACAGACCAGAGGAGUACAGCCGUUUCGAAGCGAAGAUCCACGACCUGAGGGAACAGCUGAUGAACAGCAGCAUGGGUUCUGGCCAGACAACACUAAGGAGCAACCCCAAGAGAGGCUUCUACAUCAGGGCCCUGUUUGACUAUGACAAGACAGCAGACUGUGGUUUCCUGAGCCAGGCGGUGGGCUUCAGGUUUGGUGACGUGCUCCAUGUCCUGGACUGUGGUGAUGAGGAGUGGUGGCAGGCCAGACGGGUCAGCCCCCAGACAGACGUUGAGGAGGUCGGCUUUAUUCCCAGCAAACGCAGGGUAGAAAGGAAAGAGUGGUCUCGCAUGGGCACCAAAGAGAGGGAUCGCAGUCGGGACAGCCUCGGAUCUCAAGGGAGAGAUGAUUCUCAACACAGCUAUGAAACAGUCACACAAGUAGAGGUGCAUUAUGCCAGGCCCAUCAUAAUAUUGGGUCCCAUAAAGGACAGGGUAAAUGAUGACCUGCUGUCAGAGUUCCCUGACAAGUUUGGAUCUUGUGUCCCUCACACCACACGGCCCAAGCGGGAGUACGAGGUGGACGGGCGGGACUACCACUUUGUGUCGUCACGGGAACAGAUGGAGAAGGACAUCCAGAGCCACCGCUUCAUCGAGGCGGGCCAGUACAACAGCCACCUGUACGGCACCAGCGUCCAGAGUGUCCGCGAGGUGGCAGAGCAGCAGGGGAAACAUUGUAUACUGGACGUGUCGGCCAAUGCUGUCCGCAGACUACAGGCCGCUCAGCUGCACCCCAUCGCCAUCUUCGUCCGACCCAAGUCACUGGAGAAUGUCCUAGAGAUCAACACUCGUCUGACAGAAGAGCAGGCCAGGAAGGGCAUGGACCGUGCUCUCAAACUGGAACAGGACUUCCUAGAGUGCUUCUCAGCUGUGGUGGAAGGCGACAGCUUCGAGGAGGUUUACCACAAGGUGAAGACGGUGAUCGAAGAGCAAUCGGGGCCUUACAUCUGGAUCCCCACACGGGAGAGGCUGUGAGGCUGCCCCCUAACCCACCUCCACCCCCCAACCACCCUCAGCCAGUCUGCCCUCCAGCCCAACCAGCGCUCAGAGAGACAGAGAGAGACACAGAGAGACACAGACAAACACUAAGGCAGAGACAUACACACACACACACACAGGGGGGGACGUGAAGAGAGACACACAGAAUAAUAUUAAAAGAGAGACACAGGAAUAAAAACACAGAGAGACAGGUAAGGACAGUAUUUCAUCAGUAUUCAUAUAUAAUCAAUGUGUUAUGAGUACUGAGAGAGACUGGAGAGGGGUGACCCAGUUGGGCGUGGCAGGGAAGGGCGGGGGGCGUCCCCAGGAUAAGCACAGGGUAACGGAUCCGCCAUCUCCCCCUCUCCGUCUCCCUCAGUCUCAUCGGCUGCCUUUGACAUCCCCACUGACAAACAGGCGGGCAAAACCAUCAGCAGCCCUCUGAUCCCUCCUUUUUUAUAUCCCUUAGCCUUCUCUCCUCCUCCUGUCAACUCUCUCUCCAUUCAGGACAUGAAAAGGUGAGAGAGAGAGAGAGAGAGAGAGAGAAGGAGUGCAUAGACUAUGGAGGGACACACAAAUCCUAUUGAGUCCCUCUGACACGGAGGAGGCUAUAUUCUAGUGAGAAGGCUUUGCUCUGUGUGUCAACAACUAUGAACAACAUCCCACUAACCAAGACUGGCAUUCGCUCAAUCACCCAUGAAUAGCAUUUGCGAGGGCAUUUUUCAAAAGCAGCUCAAAUAUAAACUAAAAUGCUGAAUUUGUGCAUGCGUCCUCAAAGACAACGGAUAUGGAAGUUGAGGAAAAGGAUGGAUAAUAAGAAGAAAGGAUGUAGAAGAAGAAGAAGAAGAAGAAGAAGAAGAAGAAGAAGAAGAAGAAGAAGAAGAAGAAGAAGAAGAAGAAGAAGAAGAAAUGACUGAGAGGUGUGCGCCACCCGUUCUCUGUUUUGAUGGUGGGGGAGUUUUUAGCAUGUCUCAACAGAGAGAAGAGCAGAGCGGUACAGAUGGAGAAAGAUGAGGGUGUCUGUCUUGUGUGCUAACUCACUGUGUGCAUAGACAAUGGACGACCUCACAUAUAACCUCUGGGUCUCUUCUGUACCACACACACGGUCAGCAGUACAGUAGUGCCAUUCUAAUCCACCUAGCUCUUCUCCAAAAGCACUGGGUGUUCUGGCCUGUUUGUAACGGUCAGGCAGAUUCCAGGCUGAAUGUUCUCUUAAGGCCCAACAGCAGAGUCCUUAGCUUCAGCGCUUUAGUGUUAAGAGCACCACAGCCAAUUCUCUGAUCACUCUUCCAAAUAGACCCCUCAACAACCCACACACAGUGUUCUCAUUGGCCUGUGUGUGUGUGGACUGUGUGAGGAUUAAAUCAUCUCUUCCUCUCUACCA